CAUAUAAAAUUUAAAUCCCUUUUAAAACAGAACAGAAACUCUUUUAAGAAUACCAUAAAAAGCUUAACAUUGAGAAAAAAUAUAUUAAAACACAGAGAGACGGACCAAAUCAAAUCGGAAAAUCUCCCGUUAAUGGGGUGUUUUUGUUUGAUAAAAUCACCACGUAUUUUAUAAAUUUUACGGAGAUUUUUUGAUUUGUUAAAAGGUCUCGUUAUCGUCAAUAUCGGAGUUUAUUUUCUUGUUUGUUUCUUGUUUUAAUGGCGGUAGCAGUGGAGAAGAAAUACAUUUCAAGCGAGGAGCUAAAAAAGCACGACAAACCGGGAGAUUUAUGGAUCUCGAUACAAGGCAAAGUUUAUAAUGUAACAGAUUGGAUGAAGGAGCAUCCCGGCGGCGACAUUCCGCUGCUAAAUCUGGCCGGACAAGAUGUGACCGACGCAUUCAUUGCUUAUCAUCCGGGGACAGCGUGGAAGUAUCUGGAUAAUCUUUUUACAGGGUACUAUCUCGAGGAUUUUAAGGUAUCCGAGGUGUCAAAGGAUUUUCGGAAGCUGUACUCAGAGUUUGCGAAACUAGGGUUGUUUGAGAAGAAGGGACACGUGGCGUUUUAUUGUUUGGCGUCUGUGGUUUUGUUGUUGUGUAUGACGGUUUACGGUGUGGUGUGGUGCGAGAGUUUCUGGGCUCAUAUGGGUGCGGCGGUUGCAUUAGGUUUGCUUUGGAUUCAGAGUGCUUAUGUGGGUCAUGAUUCGGGUCAUUAUCAGGUUAUGAAGAGUCGUCGUUUUAAUAAACUUGCUCAGCUUUUAACUGGUAAUUGUUUAACAGGGAUUAGUAUAGCUUGGUGGAAAUGGACUCAUAAUGCUCAUCAUCUUGCUUGUAAUAGUCUAGAUUUUGAUCCGGAUCUGCAACAUAUACCGGUUUUCGCGGUAUCUACGCGUUUGUUCGAUUCGAUUAGAUCUACUUUCUAUGGAAGACAGCUUGAUUUUGAUCCGUUUGCGAGGUUUCUUGUUAGUUACCAGCAUUGGACUUUUUAUCCUGUGAUGUGUGUUGCGAGGGUUAAUUUGUAUGUACAGACGUUUUUGUUGUUGUUCUCGAAGAGGAAAAUCCCCGAUAGAGCUCUUAACAUCGCGGGGAUUCUCGUGUUCUGGACUUGGUUUCCGCUUCUCGUGGCGUGUUUGCCUAGUUGGCCGGAGAGGGUGGCCUUUGUGAUGACUUCCUUUUGUGUUACUGCUCUACAACAUGUGCAAUUUUGUUUGAAUCAUUUCUCAGGUGACGUUUAUGUAGGAGCUCCGAAGGGGAACGAUUGGUUUGAGAAACAGACGAGCGGAACUGUGGAUAUUUCAUGCUCAUCUUGGAUGGAUUGGGCUUUUGGCGGUUUACAGUUCCAGCUCGAGCAUCAUCUGUUUCCGAGGAUGCCGAGAUCUCAAUUGAGAGGGGUUUCGCCUUUCGUAAGGGAGUUAUGCAAGAAGCAUAAUUUGCCUUACAAGAGUUUGUCCUUCUGGGACGCUAAUGUGACGACGAUUCGGACUCUCAGGACUGCUGCUCUGCAGGCCAGAGACUUGGCCAACCCUGUUCCGAAGAACUUGCUAUGGGAGGCUGUUAACACUCAUGGAUGAGCUAGGUUCUGUAUCAUUUAUUCAUACAGUCAUAAUACUUUUCUAAGAUGCAUAUGUAUUUUUCCCCCUUUUGUUUGAUUUUUGAUCUAUUGCUUUUUGUUUGUUAAGCUUUGUUAAACAGAUUGAUUUUGAUUAUUUAAUUAUGAACUGUUUUGGUUU